GUAUGUUUCCCAAAACAUUUUGCUCUCUUCCCCAACCCAACGCUCAGCAAUGGCGACUACCUUGAUGGCGACAACACGUCCGUACGUUCUUCUCUCCUCCACUAGAGCGAGCCUUCAUCUCCUCUUCCAGUCUCCAAAGAGACCCUUCGCUUCGUUUCUAUCAACUCUCUCAUGUGCCGCCGCCGCGAGAAGCUCCAGCUCGAGAUGUUUAAGCGCCGUUUUGUCUCGCGGAGAGACUGCUGCGCCGUCUUCGUCGAUUUUCGGCAAAGGAGUUUCUGGGUUUGGUGUCGUGGACAUUCGCAGCCGUGGGUUCAGUGCUAGAUCCUCUCAAAUCAACGAUGCUGGGUCUAUUGAUCAAACCCUUAUGCAGUCCAUGGAGCUAAAGAUCAAAGAACAGUUGAAUGCAGAGUCAGUUUCUGUCAAGGAUAUGUCUGGAGAUGGACGUCAUGUUUGCAUCAAUGUGGUAUCAUCGGCUUUUGAGGGACAGUCUGCAGUGAACAGACAAAGGAUGGUCUACAAAGCCAUUUGGGAGGAGCUUCAGAACGUUGUUCAUGCCGUUGAUCAAAUGACAACAAAGACUCCUUCUGAAGUUUGAAGCUUUUUUUUUUUUUGAAACACUACAAACAUUGAAUACCUAUUAUUUAUUUGAAGGACAAAGCUAUUUGUUUUUUAAUCAAAAACGAAUUUGAAAUAAAGUUUAUGGAUCUUCUUUGAUGGAGGUUAUUUUU